AUGUUUUCCACAAAUACGAGGGAACCUCCUUCAACUGUUGCCAUUAAAAUUCCCUCAGUCAAAGAUAAUUAUGCAGGUUGUUCACGUGUCGAGGGGGAACUACCUUAUCCUACCGCAGAGGCAUCUGACGUUGAAGAUAUUCCCUCCACCACAACUGCUGAUCAUCAACAAAAUCGUCUUCACAUCUGGACGAAGGAUCACCCACCGGGUCAAAUCAUUGGAAACCCAGCCGUAGCCAAGGUCCCGAUGGACUACGAUUAUAAGAUUUCAGCUAUUCCUACCGGAGAAUCAGCUGACCACAAAACUUAUCGUGGAAAGAUAUGGUCAUUGAUGUACCUCACUGCAAGAAAAAUAGACAUUGUCUUUGCCACAAGCUUAGGUGCUCGAUACCAAGCCGACCCUAAAGUAUCACAUCUGACCGCAGUCAAGCAAAUUCUCAGUUACUUGAAGGGAAGUAAAGCUCUAGCCCUCUGGUACCCCAUAGGAAAUGAAUUGAGCCUCCAAUCCUUCACAGAUGUGGAUCAUGCCGGAUGCAGAUUAGAUCGAAAAAGUAUUUCCGAUGGUUAUCAAUUUCUAGGAGGAAGACUAGUUAGUUGGUAUUCAAGGAAGCAAAAUUGUGUCUCAAUGUCUACCACAGAGGAAAAAUAUAUGGCCACAGCCAGCUGUUAUUCCCAAAUUCAAUGGAUGAAAACUCAACUCAUGGACUAUGGAUACAAAAUGUUGUGGACAGAUUUACUGUGA